CGGCAAUGAAGGACCCGAAAGGGCCAAGAUGGCUGCGCCCUUGACAGACGCCGGGGAGUUUGAAAGCUGGCUAAAUGAUCGGCUAGACUCGUUGGAAGUAGACCGAGAGGUGUACGGGGUGUACAUUUUAGGGAUUUUACAAGAAGAGGAGAGCGACGAGGAGAAAGAAGAUGCGCUUCAAGGAAUUUUAUCCGCAUUUCUGGAUGAGGACACCAUGGAAGAUGUCUGCAAACAGAUCAUCAAGCAGUGGACAGAGUGUUGCAGUCGAUCAGCAGCCAAAAGAGAUGCUGAAGAUGCUGAGGUCCAGGCCAUUGCCAGUAUGAUCGAAAAACAAGCUCAGAUUGUGGUGAAGCAGAAGGAGGUGUCUGAGGAGUCAAAGAAAAGGAAAGAGGCCCUUCUCGCCCAAUACGCUAACGUAACAGACGAAGAGGAUGAAGCUGAAGAAGAGGAGCAAACAAGUGGAAAUAACUUUACAGGAAAUGACAAAUCUCUGUUCAAGAACACCAAUGUGGAGGAGGUGCUGAACAGACAAAAGCAAAAGCGAGACCAGGCUCGUGAGGAUGCUCAGAAGAAGAAGGAAAUGGACAAGAUGCAGCGAGAGAAAGACAAACUAGCCAAACAAGACAGAAAAGAGAAGGAAAAGAAGCGUACACAAAAAGGUGAACGCAAAAGAUAAAACCAAACAAGAGGACACUUUGCAAGUGAAAGAUUUUUCUUACAAGAAAAAAAGAUUGUCGUCAACUCUUUUUAGCUAAACCUCGCCAUCACUCAUGUUCAUCAGAUCCUCCUCGUGAAUUACAUUCUGUAUCUCAUAGCAUGUGUAAAAAAUCAGUGAAUUGGAUGUUGUGCAGAACCAAAAUUCCUUAUAUUUAGUUCUCCCUGAUUUAAAUCAGAUACAGAAAGAUGUCUGGGAAUAAAGCUGCAAAUCUUAAACUAAUGACAACUGUGAUAGCGUCAUGUUGUUGGUCAACAAAUGUGACGUGGUUUAGUGUUGACUGAAUUAUCCCAAAAUUAUCAGAGUGUACACCUGAAACACAAAUUGGACUAAUCACGGUAAAAGUGGAGAAAUCCUUGUGAAGCAGCUCAGUCUGCAGUUUCUGCUGUUGUCAUUUGUGCCAACACCUUGUAAAUGCCUUUUAUUUCUGCACAACUUCUAUGUAAAGGCUGGUGCUGCUGUCAGACAUCAUUGCUUGCUUUUCAAUGCUUUAGGUUAAAGUUUUACUGUGUAGACAUUUUGUUGAAGAAUAGAACAAAGGAGCAGUUGGUAAAUUAUACCUCAAAUAUAUCAUGUACCAUCAUUUCAGUGUUUAUACUGAGGUUCAACAUCUUUUUAAAUUAAUAAAAAAAACAUUUUUCAACAA